CGCCAGUAUGGUUUUCACCGUUAAUCAGCAGUUGUUGCUCUGCUGAUAUAGCUUCCUAUUACUUGCUACUACUCCUAACCCGCCCUUGGUUCCUAGCUACGCCACAGGAGUUUAAGCGGCAUUUUUGUUCAGAAAAGCUCAGCUAGAUCCACACCUUCAACUAGGCAGCCAGCAAGGCAGACUAAUGGAGAUUUGUUUCACGAAGAGUUGCCUAUUGGCGGCCAUGGCUAGGGUAGUGAUUGGUUCCCCAAAAGGCGGGGGCUUGUUCGACAGCAUCUCAUUGAGAGCUAGCGCAGCGGCCUUGGGCUAAUAGCCUCACAACCAUAUCAGCAGCAUGGGACGACUCGGGUCUCAUAUAGAGGACCCAUCCAUCAACCAAGCUCCCGCCUCCUCUCCCUGGAGUUGAUGUCACCUCAGCCUCCUCUGUGCAUCACCACUACUCUAACAUGGCCUCAGUUCCUUCCGAGCCGCUCGCCGUUUCUACGUCCCCCUCACGCACCUCACCUGAUGGCAUUGGCUUAGUAGUAGAAUCAGAAGCAAGGUUGCCCUCUUUGCUCUCCUACGAUGCCUCGUCACCUUCGUCGACGGCCACCACGCUCCACCAAUCCAGCUCACCACAUGCCUCUACUGAGGAACGAGCCAGCGUCGGGCCCGACUCGUCAAUCGCCCAAGGUGGCGGGCAUAGCUCAGGAUCGUCAACCUUGGCUUCUGCCUCACAUAUCUGCGAACGAUUUCGCUUGGCUGAGUUGGACCGCGACGAGUUGUGCCGCACCGUUGAGGAAGUAAAGGCGAAUGCAGAGGAGGAACGUGCAAUCGCCGAUAGAUUGAAGCAUGAGGGGGCCAAGUCUGGAGUCCAGCUGUCUGUAACAGAAGCCAAGCUCCGCGUCCUCCAGCUCAAACAGGAUAUGCAGGCGGCAGGUGUUGAGUCACCAAAGCGUUCCUCAGUGGGGCUGUUUAAGAAGGUCUGCUCCACCGACUUGCUGUUCCUCAUCGACACUACGGGCUCUAUGGCGGGUCACAUUAACGCGGCCAAGGAGCAAGUCAAGAGUAUCGUGAACGACAUCGAAGUGACCUUCCUCAACGAAGCUAACGUGCGCAUCGCCGUGGUAGCAUACAGGGACCACUCGGACAAUCCUAAUAUCCAGUUCCUUGACUUUACGGAUGCCGAUCGAGUGCGCGCAUUCCUCAAUGGGCUGACGGCUUAUGGUGGAGGCGACGAACCCGAAGACGUCCUCGGUGGGAUUCGACAAGCGCUCAACGCAUCGUGGAAGCAACAAACGCGAUGCAUCAUCCACAUCGCGGACGCUCCACCGCACGGCCACUCCUUACAAAACUCGCCUAUCGGAGGAGAUUCUUACCCCAAACCUGGAAGCGAGCCGCACCGCCUCAAACAUGAAACGCUGCUCAAGCAGAUGGUCGAGCUCAAGAUCAACUAUGCUCUGCUCCGUAUCAACUCUACCACAGACCAAAUGGCUUUUACCUUCUUGCAAGCGUACGCUGCGGCUUCAGCAGACUGUUCGCUGCACAAGUCCAACAUGUUUUACAAUGAAGCUCGUAGUUUGGCGGCGAAAACCCAGAGCGGAAAUUCCAAGCGCAGCGCCGCCAAAAGCGGCCCAUUGUUCGAGGAAGCUGAACUCGGCACAACAUUUAGCGCGCUCCGGCAUUUGGUGGUCAAGAUGGUUACCACUUCGGCUUCCCGUACCGCAGUCCGCUCGACGACCCGAUCGAGUACUGGGAAACUGACGGACAAAAAGCUGGACAUGCAUCUUGCAGCCAUCAACGAAGACGAGGACGACGUCGGCCAUGCACGGCUAGAGACCACGCCCCCCCAGUGGGACAGACUCAGCUGGUUCAACGACACGCUGAUGGUGGAGGGGUUCUCCCCUGACGUGGUAGUGCACGGCGACAACACGCUCGACGACAUGAUGGCCCACGACGACAACAUUCUGAUGAGCAUCACCGAACUCACCAUCCACAAGCGGUCACGCCCGUUUGCCCAAGGUGCCAUGCGUGUGGCGUUUUACGCCCGCACCGCUGCGUCCACGAACCGUUUUGUGGUCAAGUCGUUCAAGCGGGGUAGGAAGCGGCUCGCCCACUUAGCCGAGGACAUGCGGUGCCAAGCCCUCUGCAAGGCCUUCACGCUCGAGUUCAAUGCCCUGUCCGGAGAGGACCACGGGAUCGAUUUCAUCGUGACGACGUGCUUGAAAGGAAUGUUGGGCAUGGGCUCAGACGAUGAGUGCAUGUCCCUCGAACCCUUCAUUGAGGGCACCUACGUCAAGUAUAAUAACAACUGCGGCUACGUCAAUGAAGACGACCCCUCUGAUCGCUUCAAUCAAGCUGCGCAAGCCUUCUCACACUUCACAUUCGAGCGCUCGCGGGGUUGCUUUUUGGUCAGCGACUUGCAGGGCGUUGGCCAUCGAUUGACAGACCCGGCUAUUCAUACCCUUGAUCCCGAGCGGUUCAAGCUGUCCGACACUAACCUUGGCAAAGAGGGCUUCAAGUUCUUCUUCGCCACGCACGUGUGCAAUGACAUCUGCCGGAAGUUAGGGCUGGAGAGCAACGCCUCGAUGCUCAUGUCUGGCAAUUACACGUUCAAGGAGAAGUGGCCCAGCAUUGAUAACACUGUGUGCUGUUCGAAUAAGCUAUGCGGCAGGAUCGUGAGCCUUGUCAGCGCCAAGGAGUCAGACAAUUUCCCAGGAUACCACUGGUGCGACGGGUGCUGGCCACAGCUAUGCUCAUCAGUGGUCAAGUGGAUUUGCAUCGCUCCGGGACCGCACCACGAGUUCGAAGUCUCUGAAUUCUUCUCCGAGUCACAGGGACGAGGCAUGCCGCGCAAAUGCCCCGAGCACCGCGAGAAAGACGCAAUAACUUUAGUAGCCAGAAGAGCGGUCCCAAAGCCUGUCCAGAAAUCCGCCCUGCCGCCUGCAUCGAGAUCAAUAUAUUCGAGGAUCUUCCCGUGCUUUGCGGCGGAGUCCUCUACGGUGCGGAGGAUGCCUCCAUCCAAACAACCGCAGAUGCGAACAGUAGCACAACACCCCAGGCCCCGCAAGCAGGACGCAAGCCUUUGGGAUAGGAUGAAGUUCGCGUCAAGGAAGAAGUCUAGCACCUCUAAGAAGAGCUGAUGAGGAAGGGAGUGAGAUGUGUUGUGGACUGUGGUUGCAAGAGUUUGCUGGAAAUAGCAAUGCAAUGUGAGCUAGGAACAGUAGCAUAAUCAUGAAGGGAGUUAGGUGGUGGGGGUAUACUACAUCCUGUCACCUAAUGGAGAACAUGGCUGGGUUAAUUCAGGAUAGGAAUUUAAAUCUUAUUAAUAUUUUAUCUUAUUAUUACAUAGA